CCACGUCGCCCGCUGCCGCCGCCGCCAUUUUGACGGGGAGGGCUGUGGGAAGGAGGAGCGCCUCUGGUCUCGGCUGUCGGACGGCACUAACCCGGUUCAUUUGCUUCCCACCUCUAUUCCCCUUCCGCUCGCUCGCUCGCUCACUCACGCUCGCCCGCCAUGAACAUCUUUCGGUUGACCGGCGACUUCUCGCACCUGGUGGCCAUCAUAAUCCUGCUGCUGAAGAUGUGGAAGACCCGGUCGUGUGCCGGUAUCUCUGGGAAGAGUCAGGUGCUCUUCGCUUUUGUGUUUGCCACUCGAUACCUGGAUCUGUUCACGAUUUUCAUCUCCUUCUACAACAGUUGCAUGAAGAUCAUCUACAUUGUAUGUUCCUUUGCCGCAGUGUACCUGAUCUACUUCAAGUUUAAGGCUACGUAUGAUGGAAACCACGACACGUUCCGGGUGGAAUUCCUGGUUGUCCCCGUUGGUGGAUUGUCUUUCCUCGUCAAUCAUGACUUCUCUCCAAUGGAGAUUCUGUGGACGUUCUCGAUCUACUUGGAGUCGGUUGCAAUCCUGCCGCAGCUCUUCAUGAUCAGCAAGACGGGCGAAGCGGAGACCAUCACAACUCAUUACCUCUUCUUCCUGGGGAUGUAUCGCGCCCUCUACCUGAUCAACUGGAUCUGGCGCUAUUACUUUGAGAGCUUCUUUGACCUCAUUGCCAUUGUGGCCGGCGUGGUUCAAACCAUCCUCUAUUGCGACUUUUUCUAUUUGUAUGUUACUAAAGUUCUGAAAGGGAAGAAGCUGAGCCUACCAGCUUAAGUGCCAAAGAUCAGCCGAGCUUCUGUCGAUGGUCGUCUCCGUGCAAAGGAAGCAUUACCACAAACCAAGAGCGUAAGAUGCCUAAAGCAGAGAGCGGGGGCAGACAUGGGGAAACACACCUGAACUUCAACGUCAGCAGCUGCCCUGUCCUACAACGGACCACAAACAUCAGUUUUCUGUUUUAUGCAUCUUGCCUUUUUUAUUACAAUGUAAAAAUAUAUUUUCUACAAAAAUAUGUGCUGAAAGGAUGAAUUACUUGCAGUGGUUUAAAAUAAAAUCUUGGGAGGUUGGGUCUGGAAACGCAUCCUGUGUUUCCAAUGAGGAUUAAGUGCAAAUUGUUUGGGAAAAAAUUUGAAAAUGACUGGCACAUUGAUCAAUAUGCAAACACGGUAUCUGACUAAACUGGUCUGUAUGUUUCCAACCACUUGCUGUAUUUAUUUGAAUUUGCCAAAAAAAAAAAUCUCUUUGAAACUUGUUGAUUCUUCUCUCUCGCCCUCCCCCCCUCCUCCCCCACCGAGCUUCCACUUUCUGCUUGUACCCAGCAUUCAAAACACUAGUCUCGAGGCUGAUAUAACAAAUUCAACCCCGUCAUCUGUCUGACGAGGUUUCCUUUACUCAAUCAGUGGUUAAACCACCUUCAGAAGGAUUGUAAAAGUUCUGCCAUUUGGCAUAUGUUCACACAGAACGUGAAUAAAAGAUCAGUAAACCUAACUACAUUGGAUGUGCAUAUUACUGAUUGGAAAGUGGUUUGGACAGCAUAAUGUUAAGUAUUCAAGGGACCAUAUGGCUUUGAGUUUGAUCUUGGGAUUUUUAUUUUGUUGAACAAAUCACCUAGAAUUGAUGACCUCGACCACCACUUAAUACUUUUGAAACAUUUGAGAGGGUUAUCUUGUAGUUUUUUUACACUGAGCUGUUGCAUGAUAUCUUGUGAUACUGCCCAAUAAACAUUUUAUGAAAACA